AUUCGAGUUCCGCCGGCGACGCUGAGCUUUAUUGACAGCCAGCCCUACUCCGUUAGUGGUUUAAGGAAGUGGCUGCGUAGAAGUGGACACGUAAGUUUAAGGGUUGUAAUAUCGUAAUGUAAACAAAUUAAGCGAAAUAGCAGAAUGAUAGUGAGCGGUAAUACGGAGCUAGGUGUGUAGCGAAGGCUAAUUUGUGCCGGAACGGGGCAAUCAGCGCGUUUGCCGACGCCCUGCCGGGCUGCGCAGCCUUGACUGGUGCCUCUUCAACUUUUUAAAUUGCACCAGUUCCAGUUAUGAAACCAUCCUAGCAGCUAUGGACAAGUUUGGCAUGAGCUUCGGAGGUGGCCCCAACAAGAAAGAGCUUCUGGAUACCAUAGAGGCACAGAAGAAGCAGCUGAUCCAGUAUCAGACCCGUUUCAAAGAUGUGGUCAGGGCAUACAAAAGCCUCCUGAAGGAGAAGGAGGCUUUGGAAGCCAGCCUCAAAGUUCUGACAGUGUCUCAGGAGGCUGACCUCAGCCUGCGUGGGGAGGUUUCAGCAGGGGAGCUUCCAGGUUUGGAACCACGUUCUCCAGAAGAUCACUGCUCCAUCCACAGCGAGGACAGCGUCGACACUGCCAAUUCUGGGGACACAGCCACCAGUAUUACCAGCAGCAGUACAAAGGGUGACCUUGUGGAGGAAGAUGGGAGCACUGGAGAAACGGGUACUGGGGCCUCCGGCACCUCCCAAAGGUCUGAGGAGGCCAGUGGCUCGGAGAGCGGCAUUAGUUCGGGCAGUGGGGAGCAGCAGAGUGUGGGCGAGGUGGAUCGGCGGAUCCUGCAACUGAAGACCCAGCUCUCCACACUGACCAGCUCCCUGGCCACGGUCACGCAGGAGAAGUCGCGCAUGGAGGCCUCCUUCCAAGCCGACAGGAAGAAGAUGAAGCAGGACUAUGAGGAGCUGCAACGCAAGCUGGAGGAGGCCGCCGCCCAGAAUGAGGCAGAGCUGAGGAGCCUGCAGGAGCAGCUGGUGGAGAGCAAAGCCCGUGUGAUCACCCAGCAGCACGAGCGUGGCCAGGAGCAGAGCGACCACGCCCUGAUGCUCCGUGAGCUGCAGAAGCUCCUGCAGGAGGAGCGGGAGAUGCGGCAGGACGCCGAGCUCAAGCUGGAGGACACGAGGGAGGCCCUCUUAGAGAAGAUGGCAGAGGCGGACAGGGGGGCGGAGUACCAGGCGCAGCUGCGGCAGCUCUCCCAGGAGCGGGAGGAGAUGAGGAGGAACCUGCAGGCGGCUGAGGCGGAGAGGAGCAGGCCGAACCCACGUGUAGAGGAACUGAAGCAGGAGAUGGCCGAGCUUCGUCUGCAUCUGGAGGGGCAGCUGCAGCAGGAGAUCCGGAAGGCUGUCCAGGCAGAGGAGCGUCUCCGGGAGCAGGCCCGGCUAGAGGAGGGCCGUGUGGCCAGCCUGGAGGACCGGGUGUCAGAGCUGUCGGCGCUGGUGGGCGCCUGCGAGAAGGCACGGCAGAAGGACCAGCAGGUGGCGCAGAAGUUACGUGAACGCAUCCUGCAGCUGGACACGGAGAACAAGACGCUGGCCAUUGCCGCUGCAGCCAGGGCCCCCGCCGACCUUGCGCUGGACGAGACCAGCCUGGACGUCAACGUGCUGCGGGAGAAGAUGGAGAAGCUGAAGAAGCUGCUGGUUCUGGCCUCGCAGAAGCCUUCAGUGCUGGAGAUUGAGAAGACGGCCGAGGCGGAGCCCAGUGAGCCGUCCGACGGCGAGAAAGCCUCGGCACUCUACUACCAGCAGGAGCUGAAGCAGCUCAAGGAGGAAUUUGAGCGCUACAAGGCGCGCGCCCAGGUGGUGCUCAAGAACAAGAACGCCAAGGAAGGGGGCGUGGCCAGGGAGCUGGAGGCGGCCCGCGAGCAGCUGGCCGACCUCAAGGAGAAGUACAUCGGGCUGCGGCUGCACUGCGACGAGGCGGAGGCGCGGCACGGGCACGAGCUGGAGAUCCAGCGGCAGCAGGCCGCCACCCUGCAGCAGGGUCACCGGCAGGAGCUGGAGCGACUGGAGGCCCAGCACCGCGAGCGCUUCCUCCGGCUGGAAGACGAGCUCCACCGACACCGGGACCGGACCGCCUCCCUGCUGGCCGAGAAGGAGUUGGAGCUGGAGCAGCUGCGGGCCGGGGCUCUCAGGCAGGGCCGGGCCAAGGCCAGGCCAGUGGGGGUGGAGGAGGGCGCAAAUCCUGACCAGGGAGACGUCAUCGCCCAGGCGCUGAAGCUGGUGGGCCCCAACGAGCCGACACUGCUGCUGUAUGCCGAGGAGCUCGCCCGGCGCGAGCUGGAGGUCGGCACCCUGAGGAAACAGAAGCACCAGCUGGAAGCUGACGUGCACCAGCUGCAGGCCAGGCUUGUCUCGCAAGAGGAGGGCCACCAGGACGAGGUGUCCGUGCUCCAGGCCCAGCUGGAGAAGCUGGCCAGGGACCAGAGCCGCGAGGGCGCCAACCUGGAGUACCUGAAGAACAUCAUGUACCGCUUUCUGACGCUGGCCGACGCGCAUGGUCGCCGGCAGACCCUCACUGCCAUCCUCACCAUCCUGCAUUUCAGCCCCCAGGAGAAGCAGGUGGUGGUGAAACUGCAGGAACAGAGCUGGUGGAGCCCAGCAAUGAGAUAAUGUCACUUGGGGGGGGGGGGAUACGGUAGUUAUGAGAGGUGCGGGGGUCAAAACCCAACAGCGUGUGGUAUUGCAGUGCCCUGUCCAUCACAUGCUGGGUUACCCUACUCCACACAGCGGCCCAGUCUGUUCCCACUGGUUGCUGAUUAACAAUUCAACUUAGUCCCAUUCACUAAUGUACUGUAUAAUUCUGUGUUACCCACCCCAGUCCUCAGGGACCCACAGACAAUUCAUGUUUUUGCUGGGAGGUCUGGGUUCCAGAGGACCUGUUUGGGAAAUAUUGGUAUAAUUCAAAAGAUUAUUGGUACUUUUUCUGACUCUGCAAAAUAUUUUUAUAGUGACGUUUUACUUAUCUGUUCUGUAUUUAUUUAAAUUCCUGAGUGACAGGAGAAAUUGCGACGUAAAUUCCCAAACGAUUUCCAAAGGUUCAGCCUGCAUUUACCGGCCGACAUUUCUAUCACCACCUUGGCGCAGGAGUGAAGUUCCUUUUUGUGCCUGUAGGGGUCUCCAUAAGAGGUUUCCGAACUGCCUUAGCCACUGUGCUUCGCCGUUCAUGUCACUGAAAUAAAAUUACACUGCCAGGGGGGGUCGUAAUUCCUUAUCGCUCUGUACUUGUUUGCCGUUUGCAGACACUGAUCUCAAUGGGGCGCUAUGCGUGAUGCCCGCUAAUGAAUAUGAUGCGCGUACUCGCGUAGCAGCUCAAACUCGCGCAUAACUGCCCUCUCCGUUCACCGCGACCGACAUGUGACCCCUUUCCCCCGCAGCAAUAUUAUCAGUUUGAUUUGGCAAUACUUUUGUUCCUGUUUAGUUUGGGAUUUGUUUAUAUUGUUUAAAAAAACUAGGUGGGAAAAUCUAUAAAAGUAAAAGAUUGUACUGUAUGUAUUUAGGCAGUAUUGCCCACUGGUCACUUUACUGGGGCCGAGCACUGGGAAUACGAUAGGAAUUUCCCAAGGAUUAUACCAAUAAUCUUGUUUGCUUAAGCUCUGGUUCUGUCGAGCUGUCAUGCCGGCGGUUGCUCCUGUGUUGGUUUGUGGUUGUGUUUGUUGAGUCCUUCAUAUCCUUAAGUUUCGCUGGUAUCUCGCACCUGAUUUCCAAAGUCAAGCCAGCUAUGCGGUGAAGGGAAAAUGUAUUAUUUGUUCAACUGUUGUUUUUAUGUCCUGUGUAAUUUGUAGAAUAUUGUAAUUAAAAGAAGGUGGAUCUUGCAAGACCCCAAACGCGGUGCAAACAAUAAACGCCGGGACUUUUGACUGUUUUAUAUGCAUGUCCCACCCCCACGGGUCACGAGAUUUUGCUGGCUCACCUGAGCAUUCCUGUAAACAGAAAUGAGUGCAAUAUAAAGAUCAGAAGGUGAUAUGACACCCAGCAGACUCUGCAAUGGUGCACCUAUUCUGGUGGAACAGACAGGUGCGUUUUGUCAGCUGCACGGUCAAAAAUGGAUUUAGACUAUCAGAGUUUGCUGAUAGGAGUAUGAAAAUCCCAGUGCAAGUGUGAAUUUAUGAGAUAGCCGAACUAUUUGAGGACUUAGGAAUGCAAAGAAGGUGGAACGAGUACUUGCCUUGUGUACCCUUUGUUGUACUUUGAAGUAUAUGCAGUGUAUAUUUGCUUAUCUACCUGACACCGUUUGGAAACACUAUUUAAGGGGCUUGAAUGUUAAACAUAAAUUCACACCGAUGUAUAUUUUAAUAAGUGUUAAAUCAAAAUAAAAUUAUUUUCCCUA